AUGAAGAGGAAAUACUUAUGCGGGCACAAUCGUCCGCUGACGCAUGUGAAUACGAAUUACGAUGGGGACUUACUUUUCACUACAGGGAGGGAUAAAAAGUUCAUUUUAUGGAGAGUUGCUGAUGGGAAUCAAAUAGGCCUCUACGAAUGCAGUGGCGCCGUGUACAACUCCGACGUGACGUACGACAGCAAGCGGAUUGUAUGCUCCUCCGCCGCGAACAAGGUAUACAUAUUUGACGUGUACACGGGAGAGCCGCUGACCGUUUUGGAGGAAAAUGGCCCCGUGCGUUUCGUCGAAUUUAACAAGAAUCCAUUGGACCAGAGCAGAAUAAUCGUUGCCACGGACAGACUGAAGGUGGAACACAAGAGAUUCAUCAAACUGUAUGAUUUAAAGAGCAAUGAAGUGGUAUGGAAACAGGAACAUGAGAGUAGAUGUAUCCAAGUCAGGUGGUGUUUUUUCGACAAACUUAUCCUUUCGGCACACGAAAAUGGAGAGAUUGUCAUUUGGAAUGCCGAGGAUGGUCAUCAGAUGCGAAAGAUACAAGCUCAUUCAAAGGAGGUGACCAACAUAGCCUUCGACAAAGACAGGAUGAUUAUGCUGACUUCCUCUGCAGACGGAACAGCCACGUUAAGAGAUGCAAUAAACUUUGACGUGAUAAAUGAGUACACAGCGGACAGGCCACUAAACACGUGUGAUAUAUCUCCCCUCUUUAAGAGUGAGAACAAUCCGAAGAAUCACAUAAUAUUAGCUGGCGGUCAGGCAGCUGAACAUGUUACCACAACUGCCUCCGGGGAAGGGAAGUUUCAGACGCUGCUCUACGACAUCGUCCACGCAAAUGAGUUAGGAAGCAUCAAGGGCCACUUCGGAACGGUGCACUCCAUUAAGUUCCUGCCACACGGUGAUGGGUUUGUCUCCGGGGGCGAGGACGGUUUCGCGAGGAUUUAUCACUUCGAUAAGGACUACUUCAUCGGGAAGUACGACUAG